AUGCAACAAGAGAGUGAAACCACCAAAAAGUUGAUAAAAGAGAAGGUGGACAUUAAGAAUAUGGCUAUGGGAAUAACGAAACUAAGAAAAGCAAGCAAGGGAACAGUGAUUGUGGGUUGUGAAGCUGGAGAGGAGGUGAAAAAGUUGAAAGAGACAGUUCAAGCUAAGCUGGGAGAAAAUUACAAAGUGAUGGAGCCGCCUCAAUCGAAACCAAAGAUAAAAAUUAUUAACAUAGGUUUAGAAGAGAUGAACUUAGAUGAUAGUGAACUUAUAGAUGAGAUACAACAUCAGAUUAUGAAGAAAAUAAAUCCUAUGUUCUUGGCAUUAUCGGAAACUAGACUGAUUGAUGAAAUCGAAGACAGUGAAGUGAACGUCCCGGGUUAUAGUAUAGUUAGAUGUAAUGCUGAGAAUAGAAAUACGGGAGGAGUUGUUCUAUAUGUAAGGAGCGAAAUUAAAUACGAGAUAGUAUUAGUAAAAAAAUUAGAAUCGAAUUGUUGGUGUGCUGCGAUAGAAGUGAAAGAUAAAGUAUAUAAAGGAGUGAUAAUGGUAAUAUAUCACUCACCGAGUGCAUCGCACGGGGAUUUCAUGAGAUUCUAUGAGGAAAUAGUGGAGGAGUUGGUAGUAAAGGGAGAAUGCAUAGUUAUAGGAGAUUUUAAUAUAGAUCUUAGGAUGGAUUCGUUUUAUGCGAAGAAAUUGCAAGCAACAAUGUUAAGCUUGGGUAUGAAACAGUAUGUUAACGAACCGACGAGAAUUACGAAAGACACUCAGACAAUUAUAGAUUUAAUCUUCGCUAAUAAUGAUAAAAUAGUACAAGUAAUUCAUGAACCUAAAAUAACGGAUCACGCGUGGCUGAAAGUUGAGAUGAAUGUCAGCAAAAUUGAAAGUAAAUAUAGAGAAUUUAUUGCUAGAAAUUAUAAAGAGUUUGAUGUAAAUGAAUUUGCUAUAUUAGUGAAAAAUAAACUACAGAAAAGUCAGGGAUGUCAAUGUGAAUGUAUGGAUGUCAGUGAGAGAGCGAAACAACUUAUCGAUAGUAUAGUGGAUGCGUUAGAUGUAAUGGCACCAAAGAAAAAAUAUAGAAUUCCGAAAGUAUGGGAAGGGAAAAAGUGGUUUUCAGAUGACAUAAGAGAAGCUGCGGACAGUAGAGAUAAGGCUUAUAGAAGAGCAUUGUAUGAUGAUAUUGAUCAAAAUUGGUUGCAGUAUAAAAUUGAAAGAAAUAAAAUCGAUAAAUCCGGUGGUGAUAUAAUUGAUCAUUGGAUGAAUGUAAAUAAGAAAAUUAUUUAUAUUAUCAAAAACGAAAGAAUUAUGGAAAACUUUGAGACUGUUAAACUAGAACAGCUAGAAAAAAUUGUUAUGGGAUUGCCAAAAAAGAAAGGUACGGAGGAAGGGAUAACCAGCGAUAUAUUGAAGGCAGUUUUUUCGGUAAUAAAAGAGGAAUUUGCGAAUAUAAUAAAUAAUUCUUUAAGAGAAGGUUUGUGUCCGGAAGGAUGGAAAACCUCAACGAUAAUACCAAUCAGAAAGAUAGAUAAAGCGGUAAAAGCGAGUGAUUAUAGGCCUAUUAAUAUGUUACCAAUAUUUGAGAAAGUGUUAGAACUGGUAAUUAAAGAACAACUUGAAAUGUACUUGGAAACUAACAAUAUUAUAACAGAACAUCAGUCGGGGUUUAGAAAAUACUAUUCGUGCGAAACAGCGAUCCAAACUGUCAUUGAUGAAUGGAAAUUGAUAGUAAGUGAUAGAAAAAUGGUAGGAGUAAUUUUUAUGGACCUUAAGAGAGCGUUUGAAACAAUAGAUAGAGAAAGAUUAUUAGAAAAAAUGUAUUAUUAUGGAAUUAGAGGAAUGGCUUUGGAAUGGUUCAAAUCAUAUUUAAAUAAUAGGAAACAGCAAGUGCGAAUCAAUCAAGCGUGGUCUGAAAUAUUGACAACAGAGUACGGAGUGCCACAAGGUUCGAAAGUACAAAACAGAGCUAUGAGGGUAAUACUUCAAUGUGAUAGAUACACCAAAGUGGAUGACAUGCUAGAAGCGUUGCAGUUUAUGUCAAUGUUUGGAGCUAUGGAUGCUAGCACGCGCUCGAGACGUGAACCUAACAGCGGAAUCACAUGUUUUCGAAGUCGCUGUUAUUUUCCGCCCUCUUCCCCGCAAUUCACCUGA